AGUACUACAUAACGUGAAGGUUUCAAUAACGUCAACAUAAAACACCGCUUCAGGUCAGAUUUCGACGUUAACUUAUUUUGCUAUUGCCUCGGAAAGAUGAUGAACAUGGCAGGUAUGCAGCAAGGCCCCGUGGUGCCUGUCAUGGGGCAAGUUAUACAGCAACAACAACAGCAGGUCAACAACAUGGUUAAUCCACAGGGUCAACAGGUCCUGGCCCAGCAACAACAACAACAACAGCAGCAGCAGCAACAACAACAGCAACAAUCACAGGAAAAGCUUGACAAUAUAUCCAAAGUCAAAAGCCUAAUCGGACCCCUUAGGGACUGCCUUGGACUUACUUUAAAAACCGCCGCACACAUACUCCAUCAAAACAGCCUUGUUGAUAUUGGAACAUUAAAAAAUGUUGAUGUGCCCCCACCGAGGUUUGAUAAAAGCAUAGAAGAGUUUUAUUCUAUAUGUGAUCAAAUUGAACUACAUCUUAAAACGUCAAUUGAGUGUAUAAAUCAAGGCACAAGCAGUCAGAAGUAUUUAAAUUUAGCAGUGGCUCCCACCCGGACUGAACCCAUUCCAAACCAAGAUAUGAAUACACUCACUUAUCCUCAGUACUUAGCCACAGUUCGAACUCAGGUCACGUUCGCAAAAGAAAUACACGACAUGCUCGUCGCAGCUUCACAGAAUAUAACUUCUACAGAUUAAUCAACAGUAUUACUAAUAUAAUGUAAACUCAUAAUUGUAAAAAUUUGUCUUUAAAGUGUUUAUAAUAAAUUUAAUAUAUUAUACAAUUGAA